GCCUACAUCGAGUACAUGCGAAAUAUAUGUCAUCCCACGUCCUGCAAUCCCGUAGAAUGGUGCAGCACGUACUCAAACUCUGAAAAACGAGGAAAAUCGCCUCCAAAAGUUCUUGUUUUCUAAUCUCAAUUUUAACCACUGCAUCGGAGAGAGCUUGAAAAGAUGAGGCGAAUACAUAUCAUGUUGUCUUUUUUUUUAGAAUGUUAUUUCAGCCGUGAAACAACAUUAAACGAUUGUAUUCUUCACACAAUACCGUAUCCAUAAAAUGAAUAGAUCUUCGCAAUGGAAUAACCUGAAUAUGUACAUAAUUUCAAAAUCUCCAACGGUAAAUAACCAUAAACAUUUGAACGCUAUUAAGGGACAAUAAUAUCUGUCAAAUAAUCGACAGAUGUAUUCUCAAACAUCUGGAUUUUUAUUUAGCCGACUUAUACAUUGGACAUUGUUGAAUAGCUGAUAAUGUAUCAAUUGAAUACUGCGCUUUUUACAAUUAAUUUAACACAUUUAACUUUUAGAGACGAAUAUAAUUCAUCACUUGUUGUUGUACCCUUACAUUAAACGUUAAAUAUAAAGGUAUUAGAAUUACCACAUCCGGAUUUUAGUUUUAUUAAUACAGUAACUCUCUUCAUAUUCAGAAUUCUACUUCCAAUGAUGUCCUAUUUAACUUUUAUCUGUCUUACAUUUGUAUUAUUUGCCUCUUCAACAAACGGUGUUCGACGACAUUUAUCAAAACGUCAAACAGCCAAUUCUUAUGCUGUUCGUGGUCGAGUUGUAUUUGCCGGUGGUUAUACUCAAAUUCCUCCUGGAGCUAGACUCAAUGUUGAACUACAAGAUACAAGUCUUCAAGAUGCACCCGCUAUAACUAUUUCUCGUUCACAACUAACAGCUCGACAAUUUCCAAUUAAUUUUGAAUUACCUUAUUCAACAAAUCAAAUUCAAGCCUAUCGUACGUAUUCAAUAUCAGCCAGAAUUGUAGGCACAAAUGAUCAAUUGCUAUACAUUAAUGAUCAAAAUAUUCGUAUUUCAUUCAAUUCAAAUAAUCAACGACCGAUAAUUGAUGUGCCAGUCAUACAAGUUUCACAGUCAUCUGACAAUAAUCAAAUAGAGUUUGAAGGUAAACAGUGGCCAGAACUCGUUGGUAGAAACGGUGAAGAAGCUGUUCGAAUUAUUAAACAACAAAGUGGUCAACCAAUAACAAUGGAUUAUCGUCUUGAUCGUGUUCGUGUGUUUGUUGAUGACAGAGGAAUUGUUACAAGUGUCCCACGAACAGGUUAA